UACUUGCUCCAUUUUUAUUAUGCGUCAGUGCAUUUUCAGGUAUAAGAAAUAAGUCAGGAUGCAUACGAUGUUGUUGAUUGUCAAUAGGAAAUCAUGUGGUGGUUAAUAUUUCUCUUGUCUUGGUGGCAUGUUGGGAUAUCUGGAGGUACAAUUUGUCCUAAAGAAUGUGACUGUGAUAUGGACAAUCGGCUGAACAGAGCAAUGUGUGUCGACCAAAACAUAGUUUGUGUGGAUGUUGGAGUGCCUAAAGAGGUUCAAGUGUACAGUUUAAGCAGAAAUGUGAUAAGUGAGCUGGACAAUUAUUGUUUUAAGGAAAUUGGAUACAGUUCAUUAAUAAUCUUGGAUUUGUCAUACAAUCUUAUAUUUUGGAUUGGCUUACACGCAUUCGCUGGAUUAAACGAUCUUACAAAUCUAGACCUUAGCAACAACAGGCUGCGGUUUAUUCCCUCAGAUGUGUUUUGGGAAACGCCCAAGUUGGAAAUACUAGAUUUAUCAUCCAACGUGUUCGAGAGUGUGAAAAAUGAACCGUUUAUCAUGCACGACAAUUUGCAGGUCCUAAAUCUUAACAAUUGCCGCAUCAAGUCAUUACCACAACGGCUAUUCAGUAGAUUGCCCAAUUUGAAGAAGUUAGAUUUGAGCGAAAAUUAUUUCGUCACCAUAACAAUAGACGUAUUGCAACCAAUACAAAAACUGCAGAGACUCGAACUGAGGAAUGAAUACUGGCAAUGUAAUCCUUAUUUCAUUGCAGUCGAAACGUGGAUACAUUCCCGCAAUAUAAAAUACGAGAAGCAAUGCAAAAAGAAGCCACAGCAAAAAUCCGAGAAAAUAAUAUCCAUGGUCGUUGAAAGAGAAUCAGUUGAUAUCGAUAAAGUGUGGAAUAUAACUGUUGAUAAUAAUAACACGGUAACAGUGGAGCCAAAAGCAACGAAACCUUUGACGCCGUAUCAGAAAUUCGAUAGGGAUUUUUCGGCCGUUCAAGCGUUUGUCAUUGGUGUUGAAAUCGGCUUAGCGGUUGGCAUAGUCGGAACGUAUUUGUGGUUAAAUAGUGUUUGUUCGUGUAAUCUGCUUUGCUCCCGACCGCAGAGGGAAAGACGCCGCAGAAACCGGAGAACUGAGGGUGAUAUACGAGCAAAUUUACUUUGGAACAACGUCAUAAGCCCAGAUUUGGAGACUCCGCCGCUUUAUCGGAGACAACCUUCACUCCCGGAUCGUUCACCACCUUUCCCGAUAUUUGGUAUUGCGGGUUUACAAGUGGAUGCCAUACGGGAAGAUAGUAGAGCUGAAACGCCGCCUCCUCCGUACAACGAAUGUCGCUUGAAUAUUUGAAAUAAGUAGGUUUAUUAUUUUUUACACGUUAGAUCUAGUUGUAACUAUAGUUUAUUAUUAUUAAAUUUCGUAUUGAAUCAAGGGCUCUUACAAACCCUUGAUUGCAAUGUUACGUAACAAGUUACGUAAUAGGUGUAAAGUUACUCUCAUGUUUUGAAUAGGACGACUGAAUUAAUUUGCACUGUAUAAAUCGAUUAUUUAAGACUAGGAUAAAUUAUUUAUACAUUAUGGUAUAAGGCAAAUCUUGUGACUAAUAUCACAUUACAUCACAUUCACAUCGAAAUUGAGCAGUCUCAAUUUCGCUGUGAAUAGUGUGAAACUAAUUUUGGAGGCCGCGUCACGCGAAUGGGCUUUUGAGUAAUGACUCCGGUUUACAUAACUAGGCCUGGUGCACAUUUUUUAGUCGAUCGUGUGAAUUCAGUCCUGUAUGACAUAAUAAUAAUAAUUAUUAAUACAACAGACGAAAGAUAUUGUAAUAAAUAAGUUAGAUAAUAACCGAAAGGGAUACCAAAUUUUCGGCAAUCCUGUAACAAAUCGAAAUAAAACAAAUAUUCGGAGAAGCAAAAAUAUGGAAUAUUUUAUUCAAUUCGUAAAUACCAUUAUCACAUUCGCUUAAGACUACAAUUGAUAAAAUUUGUUGUUUAAUUUUAAAUUAUACGCUUAGUCAGACUCGUAAAAUAGAAUUUAAUAUAAAUUCUCUAUAAACUAAACAGAUAAUUUGGGUAACUAUAUAAAACUUUCGUACAUGAAAUAACACAACCUCAUGGCAAAAAAAAUUACUAUGGCAUUUCAUGGCAAAUAACUAAUGAUUACAAGCGUCCAUUUGACCCAUAUAAAAUUGAAACCGUAAGCACAAAAACUUCAAUUAAACAGUCUUUAUUUUAGAAUUAUUAACUUAAUUUCGUGCUUACAAUUUCAGUCAUACAUAAAGUUUGAAUUCUUAUUGCCUUAUAUUCGUUGUGUAUACAUGAAGGUAUUAUUUACCUUGAACUAAUGGUUAAAAGUAAAAUCUAUGCUUAUAAAUUAUACAUUUCAUAAAUACUUUUCAAAAAACA